UCAGCAGCCAUCGCAAACUGUAGCAGCAAUCAAGCAGCCUGCAGCAGCACGCCCGGACUUCCCGCAGACUGGGUGCAGUGCAACAAUCGGUGAUCGUCAUAUCCGUGUCAGAGUGCUACAGGCAUUAACGUCCACAUAAAUCAUUAACUGGUCACAAUGACGCUGCCAAAGAUUGCAAAUGAGGAGAAGGAGCAUAAAUUUGGAUAUGUCUAUGCUGUAUCUGGUCCUGUCGUUACGGCAGAGAGAAUGUCUGGAUCAGCUAUGUAUGAGUUGGUCCGUGUUGGUUACCACGAGCUUGUAGGUGAAAUUAUCCGUUUAGAAGGUGACAUGGCUACCAUUCAGGUAUAUGAGGAAACCAGUGGUGUCACAGUUGGUGAUCCAGUACUACGUACUGGCAAACCCUUAUCUGUAGAAUUAGGACCUGGUAUUUUAGGAAGUAUUUUUGAUGGUAUCCAACGUCCACUGAAAGAUAUCAAUGAGCUGACUAGCUCAAUUUACAUCCCUAAAGGUGUGAAUGUUCCUGCUUUGGCUCGCACUACAUCUUGGGAAUUUAAUCCCUUGAACAUCAAAGUUGGUAGCCACAUUACAGGAGGUGAUUUAUAUGGUAUUGUCCAUGAAAAUACAUUGGUAAAGCACAAAAUGAUUCUACCACCUAAAAGUAAGGGAACUGUAGUGUAUUGUGCUCCUGCUGGUAAUUACACUGUUGAGGAUGUUGUUUUGGAGACAGAAUUUGAUGGAGAAAGGACAAAGUAUACUAUGCUACAGGUGUGGCCCGUACGUCAACCGCGUCCAGUUACAGAGAAAUUGCCGGCUAAUCAUCCUCUGCUGACUGGUCAACGUGUGUUGGACUCACUUUUUCCUUGUGUCCAAGGAGGUACCACCGCCAUUCCUGGUGCUUUCGGUUGCGGUAAAACUGUAAUCUCGCAAGCUCUGUCUAAGUAUUCCAAUUCAGAUGUUAUUAUUUACGUCGGUUGCGGAGAACGUGGUAACGAGAUGUCCGAAGUAUUGAGAGAUUUUCCCGAGCUGACUGUUGAGAUAGACGGAGUUACAGAAUCUAUCAUGAAGCGUACUGCUCUUGUUGCCAAUACCUCUAACAUGCCUGUAGCUGCUCGAGAAGCUUCUAUUUACACUGGUAUUACCUUGUCUGAGUACUUCAGAGACAUGGGUUACAACGUAUCAAUGAUGGCUGACUCAACAUCUCGAUGGGCUGAAGCUCUUCGAGAAAUUUCAGGCCGAUUGGCUGAAAUGCCUGCCGAUUCUGGUUAUCCUGCUUACCUUGGUGCUCGUCUUGCUAGUUUCUACGAGCGUGCUGGGAGAGUCAAGUGUCUUGGUAACCCAGAUAGAGAAGGCUCAGUCAGUAUUGUAGGAGCCGUUUCACCACCUGGUGGUGACUUCUCCGAUCCUGUCACCAGUGCUACACUUGGUAUUGUGCAGGUGUUCUGGGGUCUUGAUAAAAAACUUGCCCAGAGGAAGCAUUUUCCAUCUAUCAACUGGCUCAUCUCUUACAGUAAAUAUUUGCGUGCUCUGGAUGAUUUUUAUGACAAGAAUUUCCAGGAAUUUGUUCCUCUGCGUACUAAAGUCAAGGAAAUUCUCCAAGAGGAAGAAGACCUUUCAGAAAUUGUGCAGCUGGUUGGUAAAGCUUCUCUUGCCGAAACUGACAAAAUCACUCUUGAGGUUGCCAAACUUCUCAAGGACGAUUUCUUACAACAGAACAGUUACUCGCCAUAUGAUCGUUUCUGCCCAUUCUACAAGACAGUCGGCAUGUUGAAAAAUAUGAUUGCAUUUUAUGAUAUGGCUAGGCAUGCCGUUGAAUCCACAGCACAAUCUGAUAACAAAAUCACAUGGAACGUCAUCCGAGACAGUAUGGGCAAUAUACUGUACCAACUCAGUUCCAUGAAAUUCAAGGAUCCUGUAAAAGAUGGCGAGGCAAAGAUCAGAUCUGAUUUCGAUCAACUUCAUGAAGAUAUCCAACAGGCGUUUAGGAAUUUAGAGGAUUAAUUUUUCGCAAUAUAUGUGAAUUUAUUGUUAUUGUACUGCCUGGACUUCCAUUAUCGGAAAUUAAUCCAGUUGCAGUCGUUUGGGGUUGUACCUAUUUAAAAAAAAAGAUCAUGCCGUCAUAUCAUAGAAGUAAUAUACUUUCAAAAAUUAUCGAGAGAUACAAGAGAGCGGUCGUAAUUAUUAGCUGAUGGCUAUUUUUUAUUAGACCAAUGUAGAAUUAUUAAUUUUUCAAUCUGAGAGAAAAUACACCUUAAGCGCGGAAAGUGCUAUCAAAACAUUCCAUAGCAUAUCCGAAACCCACGGAAAUCCUAGCUUAGAAAAUUUUAUUGAAUGCAAUGAUGAAUAGCUAAUCAUUUCGAAUGAACUGUUUUUGUGAUUAUUAUAUCAUUUUCAUCUGAUUUUAAUUGGAUCAUUAUAUGAAAGUAUUAAUGAUGAAUUGUUAGUUUUAGUGAUCAAAUGAUUUUAUGGUUAUUCAAAACGAAAAAGAAAAGAAUUUGUUUUAACUUACUCAUUCAUACCACAGUAUUUAAAUAAAAAUAAAAAAAAUGUAAAUAAAACAUAUUUCGUUGCCAAUUUGAAUUGGUAAAACAACUUCAUGGUUCGAGCAAUUAAUUCUAUUUAUGAACUGUACUGUAUUGUUUUCAAUCAAGUUUUCUAAUCAGGAUGAGUACACGAGCUAAUUUGUAAAUUUUAAGUGCAAGUAUCAGUUUCAUUUUCAAGACAACGAACGAAAGUAUAAACAUCAGUCCUUUUUAAAGCAAAUAUACUAACUUGAAUUUAUAUUUUUAAGUAAAGAAUGUUUAUGCUGUUUGGAGAAAGGGCUCCUGCGAUUAGAUUUGCAUGAAAAAUAUAUAAUCGAUGAAUUUAAAAAGAAUUUUUAAGCUACGUAUAUAUUUUUCAACGUCUUUAACUAUAACAACACAAUGUUUCAAGAAAUAAAGUGGAUUGACAAAUAUUGUACCCAUUUUCUUAGUACACACCUUGAAAACGAAACUGACAUGCUUUUAAAAUAUAAUACUUUAGUUUUCUUUUUUCUAAGCUAUAUUAUUUCCGACUAUCCUCAAUCUUCCAUCUUGAUUUAAUAGUAAAUGGGAUAUUUGCAAUCAAUUGUGUGCAUAACAAAUUAAAAAAAACUGUGAAAUCCUAGGACCGAUACUCAAAUGAAAGACAUCUAAGAAUUAUCUCGUUGCUUUUUAGUUAAACCUACAUCGGAUUACUUUUAUUUAAAAAAAAAAGCAUAAUUGUGCGGUUUCUCACUUGUAGUUCAGAAUAAGAUGAUCACUUGAAGGAAAUGAUUAUAUAAAAUAGCAAAGUGCUUAGAGCCAAUAAUUAAAGUACGUAGAGCAGUUUUAGAUGGAAUUGAUGAAAAUCGGUAUAUAGACAAAUUUUUUAUAUAAUUGUUUAUGUGCAUGCAGUAGUUUGUAGUAGUCUGAAGGAUGUGAUUAUAUACAAUUAUUUUUUUCAAAAAAACAAUGGGACCGUUCUCACAAAUUUGCUAUCUGUGCUUCUGUCUCCUGUUGCAACGAACAUGAAAAAAAUUAUCAUUCAAUUGCUGUACAUAACUAUUUGAUGUGAAUCUUAAUUAAAUUAAACUAAAACGAAAAAAAAACAAAAUAAAUUGGAGCGAAUUUCGAACGCUCGUACUACUGUCAAUACAUACACCCCAUUAACGACAAUAAAAGAAAAAGAAAGCAAAUAGGACACCCCUAAACGUUACUUUUUUUGAGAAGAGAAAACAACAAAAAAAUAAUGUGUUUAUUAUAAUUGUAAACUGUAAUUCUUAUAUAUUGUAACGAUGAUCGUGGGUGAAAUUUCAAUAUUAAUUACGAUCUCGAUAUCCAUAAGCGUUUGAACAAAAUGUGCGUUAACAUCGUAUCCCUAGGAAUACAUAUUUUUUUGCCCCACUUUCACCAAGAUAGAGAUGAAUUUUAAAGGAGACUUUCUCUUAGGGACAUCAAAUUCGAACUCUCGCCAUCGAUUGUGAAGCAGCUUUGUGCAUUUCCAACAACAAAAAACCCUUUCAAGUCGAAAUCAUCGUGCAUGCACAAAAAAAAUAAAAUUGAAAGCAACAAUUAAGCUCUAAUCAUUGUACAAUAA